CCGCGAUUGGGCCAUUUGCCAGCGCCACUUUGCAGGCGGGCCCACCGUCCAGCAGCGCCGCGGACCGACUCCGAUCGACUCCCGGCCCAUUGCUCGCAUGCCACUGCUCUCAAGAGGAAGGGACUCCGGCCCCUGUUCUUGCCCGUGCACGAAGAUUUGGAACAGUCGACCCCGUUCAUCGCUCCAGCGCUUGCUCCGGAAUCUCGCCGCGCGGAGGAGCCAUGGCGAUUAGCGCAGCAGCCGCGAGUGUCCGCUGCUCAGCUGUGCCCGUGGCAGCGCCCACCGGAUGCAGGAGAUUCGAUGGACGCUCCGGAAAGCUAGCGUCUGUGAGAUUCUGUGGAGGAGUGUCCGCUGCGCAAUCCUUGAGGGCGAUGGCUGCCCUGGAUUCUCGAUCGGAGAGCCUGCAGUCUCAAAAGAUGCAGGUAAUGGCAAAUGCCGGUAAAACCGAUGAGACUGAAGUCGAGAAGAAGACCGAAAACUACACCGAUACCAUGCAGCAAGCCAUGGGAACAGGUCUCACUUACAGACAUGAACUCGGCAUGAAUUAUGCCCACGUACUUCCAGACUUAAUUGUGGGAUCCUGCCUUCAAACUCCUGCUGAUGUGGACCGACUGAAGGAAGCAGGAGUCGGUACAAUCUUUUGUCUACAACAAGAUCCCGAUUUGGCGUAUUUCUCAGUGGAUAUCGAGGCUAUAAUCAACCAUGCGAAGGAGGUCGAUGGGAUUGAGCACAUCAGGGCACAAAUCCGAGACUUCGACCCUUAUGAUCUGCGUCAGCGAUUACCCCAAGUUAUAGCUACAUUAUACCAAGCGACAAAGAAAAAUGAAGGAACGGCAUACGUGCACUGUACUGCAGGGCUUGGAAGAGCUCCCGCCGUCGCGUUGACUUACAUGUACUGGAUCCGUGGAUAUGAUCUGUUUGAAGCGAACGCUAUGCUUCAGAAAGUUCGCACUUGUCAUCCGAAGUUGGACUCUAUCAAGGCAGCUACAGCGGAUCUGUUGACCGGUAAUUCAAAGGAGAAGGUCAAAUUGGCCUGGUACAGAGGAGCCGCUCAAAGUGUCGAAGUUGCCGGACUUGAUGUCGGCUGGUAUGAGCGAGUUGCGUUCACCAAAAAUCAAGAAGAUGGACACUGGUACUUAGAACGAGAUUUACCCGUGGGAAAAUACGAGUUCAAAUACAUCGUGGACGGUAACUGGUGUACAAACCCAGAUGCAUCAUCAACUCAACCCAACAAUGAUGGACAUGUAAACAACUUCAUUGAGGUCAAAGGGAACAAAGAAAGCUGGGACCUGCGUCAACGGAUCAUGGCAGGGGACUUCGUACUCACUGACGAACAUCGCCAGAUUAUCAAAGCGAAGCUGGAGGCACUAGCGGGAUGAUAUUUUGUAGUCUUAGAGUUCACAACGAUAGUUUAUCGUAUCUUCUCGUCGGAGCCUAGAGCUGUCUGGUGAAUGUCAAUUGUACACCAUAUAGAAUGUCUAGGUCUACAUCCUCAAAAGCGUGGCCUAGAGACUCGAGAUAUUUGGCAGGUACUGUAGUUAGAUAAUGACGUGUAGAGAUUCUCCAGUCUGUCAAUAACUGUCAUCUGUAUUAUCAUCCAGCCAUUUAAAAACUACUGUACAUUGAGAGAUAGGGGGGGGGAGAGAGAGAGAGAGAGAGAGAGAGAUAACGAGCAGCGCACGUUUUGUGAUGCUCUUUUCACACUUCUGCACCUAGGUGAAGGUUACGAAGAUGUGCUGUGUAAUAUCUGAUCGACUAGGGCAAUCAAGCAUCUAGCCGGGUAUUCCUCACGUGGAUUUUUGCGUGGUUAUAAUAAAAUCAGCCGUUCGGA